UGCGCAUCAUUACAGAGCCAUCUUGAAGUUGUCGACUGGAAUCGGAAUAUUAUCGGUGAAAUUCUUUAAUUUUAUCGUACUAGGAAAACUUAAACAUGGCUUUUCUCAGAAAAAGACGAUAGAAUGUGUAUUCGACAAUGAAUUCGAGGAGUCCGAUGCAGCCUUACCUUAGUAAUUCCCUGGCUAUCCGUCAGGAGAUCCAGCGAUUCGAGAGCGUACACCCGAGUAUCUACGCUAUUUAUGAUUUAAUAGAUGCUAUCCCUGACCCGUUAAUACAGCAGCAGAUUCGGGAGCAUGUCGUCUGCAUAGAAGAUUCCUUUGUAAACAGUCAAGAAUGGACGCUCAGCCGAUCUGUACCCGACCUCAAGCUGGGUAUCCUGGGAAGUGUCCACAGCGGCAAGUCAGCCUUAGUCCAUCGUUACCUUACAGGAUCCUACAUGCAGGAGGAGUCUCCAGAGGGUGGUCGCUUCAAAAAGGAAGUCAUCAUAGAUGGUCAGAGUUAUCUCCUCCUGAUAAGAGAUGAAGGGGGCGCCCCAGAAAUGCAGUUUACACAAUGGGUGGAUGCAGUCAUAUUUGUGUUCAGUCUGGAGAAUGAGAUCAGUUUCCACACAGUGUAUUCAUACUACGCCAAGAUGGCCCACUACCGAAACGCUGCCGAGGUCCCUCUCAUCCUGGUCGGCACACAAGAUUCUAUUAGCGAAAGCAAUCCGCGGGUGAUCGAUGAUACGAGAGCCAGAAAACUUGCUAACGAUCUCAAACGGUCCUCAUACUACGAAACCUGUGCCACCUAUGGACUCAAUGUGGAACGAGUGUUUCAGGAUGCGUGCCAGAAGAUAGUGCAGACAAGGUAUCCCACUAUCCCACUGACGAUUCCGAAUGUCCCGAGCACGCCAGUUCAUGCCCAGCGCCACUUCUUCAUCACACAGGCGGUGCCCUCUAAACCCUAUGAUACCCAUAGCACAAGCAGUCAGUCGACGUCCAGUUCCGGCACGCUGGUGACCGGUACCACCAACAACACAACAGGACAACAGAGUGUGGCACAGGUCCAGCCCACUAUGAAGGAUAGCAAGGAUGGACAGAGCACCAAAGAAAAGGAAAAGUCUGAAAAGAAAAAGGACAAACAACAGCAGCAGAUGCUUACAGAAUCUCAAGAACAGGAAGAGGAUCGUGUGGACUUUCACGAUAUUCCCCCUUCUACACCCCUGUCAUCUCGUAAAAACAAGAAAUCCUCAAUCAUACAGAAGUCUAACUCCUUCAGCGGACCUGUUGAUAGGCUGUUUUCUUCUCACCCGGUAUCAACACCGAUUCUCAGUCGGAAAAAUUCAAAGUUUCUCAAAAACACCUUUCUAACUGAGAAAAUGGAUAGAUAUAAGAUGGAGUUACACAUACACGACAAUAGUCCAUUCACUCCGCUUCUCAAUCGAAUGACAAGGGUACGGUCAAGUCUUGUGCUCGAUAAGCCUGAUGCCAGAGACUUGCCCACACCAAGCAGCACACCAACACAGAGUCGCAAAAAUAGGCGUCGCUCCAACCUAUUUAAUCCGAAGAAUAAAGAAGAGGAAAAGGUGAAAACGUUACCAGAGACGGAAAAGCUGGGCAGCGGCCGUGUGAUACCUCUCAAACAGGGUUACCUGUACAAGAAGAGUCACGGUUUAAACAAAGAAUGGAAGAAGAAAUAUGUUACUUUACUUGAUGAUGCACGCUUGGCAUAUCAUCCUAGUCUUCACGACUACAUGGAUGAUGUACAUAAAAAGGAAAUAUCACUUAUGCAUACGACAGUAAAGAUUCCUGGUCUGCGGCCACGAACAACGAAGACAGUCCCCAACUAUCCCCCUCAGCACCCUAACCAGGACCCAGCCAACGGCCUGAAAAGUAAGCUAGGCAAGAGUUCAAGGGACAAAGAAAACGUCAUGUUGACUGGAUUCGACAUUGUGCGAGAUCGUCAUCAUUCCAGCUCUGAAAAUUCUAAUUCAGCACAAGGUCUGCCCAAUGGAGACGGAGUGUUUGCCAAAUUGGGAGUGAAUGGAAGCAGUGUAGGAUCUAAACUAGAUACACCCAAUGUCAAGAAACGGCAUCGGCGGGCUAAAAGUGGGGGCCUGAAGAGUAUGGAGCCUGGUGCUGGAGAUGAAUCUGAUGGUUAUGAGUUUAUGAUAGUGUCCCUGGAAAAUAAACAGUGGCAUUUUGAGGCCAACAAUCAUGAGGAGAGAGACGACUGGAUCUCAGCAAUAGAACAGCAGAUAUUCUCAGCUCUACAGGGGAACGAGAGCUGUAAAACGAAGAAAAUGUCUGCCACAGAUCCCGAUACAAUACCCACCAUGCGCAACACACGAGGCAAUAAUUUAUGUGCUGAUUGUGGAGCACCAAUCUCUAUUCAUCUAGGAAGGCCUUCAGAAUGUAAUUAGCCCACUCUUCAUCCUGGUAGGUUCCAGAACCCAAACCAGCCCAAAGCCAUUUCCCUCCCACAACAGUAACACAUUCUGCAGACAUUGAUGAUGCUUAACAUUGGUUUGUUCCACUUAACAUUUGUUAAUGAAAAGGCUGACAAUUUCCGUGUGUGAUUGCCUUUCAGAGAAGAAAAAGAGCGAUGGAUUCGGGCCAAAUAUGAUACAAAAGAAUACCUGCCUCCGGCUCCCUACCUUGAUAUCUCUCUCAACCAGCAACUGAUUGAUGCACUGGUACGGGAGGACAUCAGGAACAUUGUACUGGUGCUGGGUCACAGCAUAGCGGAAGACAUCAAUGCCCCCUACAGUAAGGAUGACGGACGCACUGCCCUACACAUUGCAGCUGCUCUCGGCAAUGUUGUCUAUGUCCAGCUGCUUCUUUGGUAUAGUGCUAAUGUAAAAGUGGUAGACCAUGAAGGGAGGAAUGCUCUUUGGUAUGCGAAGAGCUCGGGAUCAAUGGACUGUGUAGAGCUUCUAAUGAACAAUGGCUGUCCAGAACACCCUACUUUACCAAGGAGACGUGGCAGUGCACAGCCUGGCAAAAAUGACGUUUUCGAAAAAUUGCCAGCAAGUGUUAUAUGAGAUUACACAAUACUUUAUGACAUAACAAAUUGUCUCCAAACAUUUCCUGGAGGCUAAAGACAUAUCUCACUGCAGUGAUGGUUUCGUAUCUCAAUGCCCAGCAAACUUGUCUGUCUCUCACCUAAAGUAGUGCAAGAGUUUAACAAAUGGGUGUCCCAGCCUGUGUUUGUCCUCCGACGAGAUCCUCAAGUACUCGCAUAACAAAGAGUAUUGUAACCUCUGCAUGCGAGGAAAGGCUUCAUCUUACAUACACAUUUUGAGAUGCAGUAUGGGAUACUACUCCUAAACCAAUCAGAGGUGUCAGAUUUCGAUUGAAGCUCUAGUCAACAGUUUUUGGGAAACUGUCCGAACUGUAACACAGUCUCGUCAGUGGUAGCAUCUUGAUAAGUCAACAAAACUGUAGAAAACAUACAAGGUAUUUAACACAGUAUGUGCUUACAUUGAAAAGUGCUACAUAAUUCACCUACAGGUCAAGUGAUAGUUAUGUCAUAUGAUCUUACAUCAGUUGAUGUAUGUGAUCAUGUGACCUCACAAUUACCAAACAAAGUUCUCGGUUAACCUGAUGUAGAAGAGACAUCUGUAGGACUGUUUUCAAAACUUUGUGUAAAUUUGAAAUUUAUGAUGUAGAUUUAACACUCUGAAGGUCUAAUGGCUACCUUCUUACCAAGAAUAUGUAACAAAAUUGACACACCUGCCGAACGAGAAAAUAACACCUGCAGGAUUUGGUGAGCAUGCUAUUUAUUUUGUGAUAUACGCAUGGGUUAGUGAGAUUCCAUUGUACAAUGAUUCUCAGAUUUAUACAUUACUUUUUUAACUGCAAUUAUGUCAGUCCAAUUCAUAACACAUCGUAGUUCACUAUACAUGGUUGUAUGGAAGUGAAAGGAUCGGGUUCUAAUGUAUAAUUAUUCUAAACUUUUAUUUAAUUUUCUUUUUAAUUUCAAAUAAUUCAAAUGUGUUUUCAUAGGAAGCUAGUGACGGAACACAUCAGAUAUUCUUUAAAAAGUGUCUAGGGUACAAACUUAUACAGCCUUAAAUUUGUUACUAUCACAUGGUCAAACUUGGAUGUCUACUCGUCUCUCUACUACGUGAACAAUGAUGUUGGCUUCACUUUGCAUUCAAAAUCAAUUUGUUUAUAGUAUUCUACUGCAAUAUUUUAAGCAUUAAAAAUAAUAGGUGUUCAAAUGUCAAAACUCUUGUGAAAAUUGAGAAAUACAAAAUACACUUGUAGAUUUUGUAUAAGAGUUAGACUGUGAUUUGUUCCCGUAAUGAUACCAUGCUUGCCUUCAUAAAAACGUCGAGAUGGAAAGGCCUUGUCCUGUCACCACAUAAGGAACCAUUGAGGGCGGUCCCUGUGGAGUUACGAGGGUGGCAGGUUUAAACAGUGUCCCAUUUUAACUGCAAUAAGUAUUUCACUGCCUGAGACUUUUAAGUGUAGGUGUUGUUGCUUGUUUGAAACAAAUGUCAUGAUCUUAAUAUUCCUUGAGUAAUGAACAUUGUUUAUCCUUUCUUGAUUGGGAUAGGAUGCAAACCAUCUAUUGGUGUAUUGUGUUACCAUAGAAAAACAUUAACUAGAAUAAAAAAACAUAUAUGGUUGGCCAAAGAAUUUAAACAUAACCCUUAUCUUAUUGUAGGAAAACUAAUUUAUAUAAAAUAUACAUUUAGGAAAUCAGUUUUUUAUCAUAACACGUAAUUACAUGGUUUAGCUUUUUUUUUAAACAUUUAUAAUAUAUAGUUAUGGAAAACAUCAAAGUUUGAUUCUAUAUUUACUAAAGGUUGACAAAUAUCACAUAACAUAAAGCAUGUUUAGAGAAGCCAUUGGUCAGAAUACCUGUUUUGUUUGUUAUAGAUUUUUAUAAACAGGUUAAAUGUCCUCUAUCUGGACCUCUCGGCCAUUGGACGACUGUUAUAGAUUUAUCAUCAUGUCAUUUUAAAUCACCACCACCCCAAUGUGCUCUGUGUAUGGUUUAUAUAGAUACUUUACAAGUGUUCAGUUGUGACAGAAGGAUUGCUACCUUGCUACCUUGCUACAAUGGUUGUGUUAAGAUGUAGCAUCACAUGACAGGAAUCAGGAGUACUCCUGGCUUGUCUUUCAAGUACCAUAUUCAGCAUAGUGAGCACACUGCUCAAAAAAACAUUUAUAGGGUGGACGUAAAUGCAUACAAUCGUAUGCAUUCUUCCAUUACCGGGGGCGUGACAUUAAGUAUUUCCUUCGUUUUGCCAUCUUAGGAAACUUGAGGUUGUUUUCUUUUUGCUCACUCCAGCCAUCUGAUGAUCAAGUGCAUCAGCAGAGAAAUGAUACUCCUUGUCCGACGAUGUUAUGUCACUGGUUUAGAAUCUCUGGUAACAAGAACAUUUCUUACAGACCAAUGAGGAGGGCACUGUUCGGGUGCCCUUCAUCUUUUAUAAGAAAAAUAGGGGUGGGGGUGUUUUUUAAAAGAGAAAAGUGUGCUCAUUAAGUUGAUUGCUGUAUUGGUAGGUAAAUGCAGGUGCUUGUUUGGAACAUUUGUGUUUCAGUAUUAGUGUUCAAUACUUUAACAAAGAUUUUGAAUACAAAGAACAAAUAUUGUUGAAAAUGCCAGUAUGAUAAUUUCUAUCAAAUGUUUUAUAAUCGGUAUGAAUUCAAAUCAGAUUUAUAUGGAAAUUUCUUUAUAUGACAUUUAGAUUUCUCGUGGUACGAUAUAAAGUAUUACAAAGAUGUCAGACGUGGUAAAUAUUUAUAAUUUCUUUUAUAGAGGCCAUAGAGAUUAAAACUACAGCUGGUUGUUGAAUAAUGGUUGUGUAAAGAUUUUUUUUGAUAAUUGUGUAAAUCAUGAUUUUGGAUGUUGUUCAAAAUUUGAUAUCCCCACAAUUGUGUCUCCUGGUUACACUGUGUUUCAAAGAUAUGUUUCCAUGUGUCUGUAUGUACAUGAAAGGAAACACUGUUUGGUAUAGGGGAUGCGGAAUGAUUUAAAACUCGUUGUACGAAGUGGCCAUGUGAUAGCUACUUGUAAUGGUGACAGGUGGUGCUAUAGAAAUAUACAAGGGGGACAUAACCCUGACACCACAUACUCUGUAUCAAGGAAACACCGGGUCUGUCUAAAUAAACUACUCCAUUACCUGCUGCUUAAUUUACAAGUCUCACACAAAUCAUGCAAACAUCUGAAAAUACACAUUUAUGCAAUAUACACAUGUAGAUGUCAGAACAUUUGUUUUAUAUAAACAUUUGUUUUAUAUAUACUUAAUAUAUUACUGUAACAGCUAUUUUCUGGCUGGUUAUUAACUAUUUCAGUGUUAAUUUGCUAUUUUCAGAUUAAUCAAGGUUUAUUUUAAUUAGCAAUUUUCUGAUUAGUUUUGACUUAUUUCAGUGUUGACACUUAACUAGUUUUCUCCUUAAACAUUUAAAGAUGAGCCCACUACUUCUUGUUAAUGUUAGUGACUGCUUGUUAAGUGUCCGUGAUACCUUGCACAUUCUACCUGUAAGUUGUAUUGUUUGACUUGAGAAUUUUUCAAUUUUCGUUGUCUUAUAACACAGAAUUAUGUCGAGGCUUAAAUUUGUGAAUCUUUCCAAUGUUUCAUCAAUGACCCAGAUCAGAUCAUUAACAGAGUUAAGUAGUGUGGAAUUUGUUUGAAAAGGAGAUGUAUGCCACAUUUAGGUACAGGUAGGAUACCACCUUAAUUAGGUUUUUCAGAUCUAAUAACAUGUACUUAUAAUCAAGAUUGAGUACCCAGGACACUCACAGUAUUUUCUUAUCCAUUGAAAAUGUGGAUAUCUAACAUUUUAUGUGCAAUAUAUAGAAAGGGAAUAUUUAAUAACAGAGCUGGUAUGGGAGUGUUAUAUUUGGGUUUCCUAGAUAUAAAAGGAAAAUGAUUCUGAUAUUUGAUAACACAGUGUACGCUGGAAUCUAACCUUCACUAUAAUACAGGAACAUGUAACCCUAGAUCAACAUCAUUUUGUACUGGAUUCAUAUUCCUUUGGUUAAUAUUCAUGGUCAUCUGUCAAUGACUUAAAAGAGAUUUUUUUUGUAUUUAAAAAAAAAUAUGCAUUCAGGCCUAUUAUUUUGCAAUUAAUUCAGCAGAGUAUUUGUUGACUAUUUUUUAUCCAUGGUUGUUGACAAAGAGGUUGAUGACAGAUGUAUUACACCAAGGGCCGAGUUGUUAAUGUUUUAUAUUUAUAAUGUUAAGGUAAGUGUACUGUAUAAGUACACACAUGGAAGAAGCAUUACACUAUUUAUUAUUUGUACACAAAAAGGUCAUAAUUACUCAUGUAUAGAAGAUUGGGGGAGAGAUCGUUAUUUAUCUUAACAUGUAUAAAACAUUUGGGGAUAAAUAAUUAUUUAUUAUGUUACACGGAUGGAGCCUAUUACUUGAUGUACUGUAUCACAAGAGAAAUGAUCAUUUACACAAGGAGAAAAAUAAUGUACAUUUUAUCGCAGGAUAUGUAUAAUAUCAGUAAUACAAACCAGACUAGACACAAACGGUCCAGUUGCAUGUACCAUAGAUAAAAAAUACUGCAGUAAUGAUUUACAAAUAUGAAAUCCAAAUUUUGUUUUGUUCUAAUAAAUAUAAAUCCCUAUUGUUCUUGUAAUGUUGGAUAAAUCACUUUUCAGAGAAUAUUUUAAUCCCUGAAUAAAAAAGGUUGUAUUCUGGAGUAUUGCUCACAGGUAAAACCUACAAGAGGGUGUAAUGUGUUAACUAAUCACGUAUGUCCGGUGUUUGUGCAUCAGGAGGGGCCAAGAACAAGGGUCAUCGGGUAGAUCAUUCAAAUCUAGACUUACUUUAGGGAGUUUGGUGGGGACCAAACAUUGUAGGGCUGUUUAAGUGAAACCUGUCCCACUACCAAUAUUAUGUCUGUGUAGUCACAGUCUGGUUAAAACGAUAUCUUGAUCUACGCUCUGUUCCGUAAUCUACGCUCUUCGACAUAGCAGAGUGUAGUUUACAGAAUGGAGCGUAUAUCAGGAUAAGGUUUUAAUUAGACUGGAUUAGUCUAUGCUUUAUACCUGUCUAAUCCAGGGGGUGGGGCUUUUAAUAUGUGGUUAUACGAUUGGGGGCAAAGAUAUGUUUCUUGGAAUUGUUUACAUUUGAGCUAAUAAUUUAAUUCUUCAAGAAUAAAAAACCCAAAGGCCGUGAAUCUUGUGUCUGGGAUGAAUGUGUGCUUGGCUGAUUGAGUUGUGUAAGUGUUCAUGUCUAGUAUGAACGAGGUAAGGGUAAUAAUGUGCUUGUCAUGUAUGAAUGAGGUAUAUGCUGUAUUCUCUGUAUAGAUACUGUAGAUAUUUAAAUUAAAACAAUUGUAAAUCUCAACUCUUGUACAGUUUCAACAGUGACAAUUAAAAUAAAAUCUCAAAGAAGAAAAAUUUCGUAA